UUAUCAUGGCUCAGCAACCCAUCCUUUCGAUCCCGAGUUUUCGCAACGUGUCCACUGGAACUCUGGUGGUCAAAGAGGCCUUGAAUUUUUGGGGCGGAGCAAGAGUCCAGCCCAAAGAUACGAAGAAUGCUGAGCCAGUCUACGAACCUGCAACAGGCCGUGUGCUGUGUGACAUGAUUCCCUGUGGGGAGGUGGAGGUAGACGAGGCCAUAAAGAGUGCACACUCUGCCUACCUGAAAUGGAGUAAAUUGUCUGGUUUGGAGAGAGCUCGGAUCAUGCUGGAGGCUGCUCGUAUCAUUAGGGAGCGCAGAGAUGACAUAGCUAGACUGGAAGUGAUCAACAAUGGCAAGUCCAUCACUGAAGCUGAGGUGGACAUUGAUGUAGCCUGGCAGUGUAUUGAAUAUUAUGCUGGCAUUGCUCCCACUCUAGCAGGCCAGCACAUCCAGCUGCCUGGAGGCUCUUUUGCCUACACUCGCAGAGAGCCAUUGGGCGUGUGUGUAGGAAUUGGAGCCUGGAACUACCCUUUCCAGAUUGCUGCAUGGAAGUCAGCCCCAGCAUUUGCCUGUGGUAAUGCCAUGGUGUUUAAGCCCUCUCCCAUGACUCCACUGACAGCAGUCAUUUUGGCGGAGAUCUAUAAGGAGGCUGGAGUACCAGAUGGGCUGUUUAAUGUGGUGCAGGGAGGAGCUGAGACUGGAACGCUGCUGUGCCACCACCCUAUGGUGGCCAAAGUGUCCUUCACUGGCAGCGUGCCUACUGGCAAGAAGGUGAUGGAGAUGUCAGCCAAAGGUGUGAAGCAGGUGACUCUGGAGCUGGGAGGAAAAUCACCACUUAUCAUCUUUAAGGACUGUGAGCUGGAGAAUGCAGUCAAAGGGGCACUCAUGGCUAACUUUCUCACCCAGGGGGAGGUGUGUUGCAAUGGGACACGAGUGUUCGUGCAGAGGGAGAUUAUGAAGCCAUUUGUGGAGGAGGUGGUGAAGAGGACCAAGGCCAUUGUUGUUGGAGAUCCUUUGUUGGAGGGGACACGGAUGGGUGCCCUGAUCAGCAAACCCCACAUGGAGAAAGUGCUGGGCUUUAUUAAUCAAGCUCAGCUACAGGGUGCCAAGGUGCUUUGUGGAGGAGAGCCGUUUGUUCCUAGUGACCCCAAACUGAAAGGAGGCUACUAUGUGUCCCCUUGUGUGCUGGAUAACUGCAGGGAUGAUAUGACUUGUGUAAAGGAGGAGAUCUUUGGACCUGUGAUGUCCAUUUUGCCCUUUGACACAGAGGAGGAGGUUCUGCAAAGAGCUAACAACACAACUUUCGGCCUGGCUUCUGGAGUCUUCACCAGGGACAUAGCUCGAGCCCACAGAGUGGCUGAAAAUCUUCAAGCAGGAACCUGCUUUAUCAAUAACUACAAUGUCAGUCCAGUGGAGGUCCCAUUUGGAGGCUACAAAAUGUCAGGUUUUGGAAGAGAGAAUGGGGUGGUGACCAUAGAAUACUACUCUCAGCUGAAAACUGUCGUUGUGGAAAUGGGGGACGUAGAGAGCCUCUUUUAAACGAUGAAAUGAAGACAUAGCACUCCCUGCGUCAAUGUGAUGUUCCCGCAGAUCUACAGUAAAGCUCAUUUGAGGUUUAGUUCACCUCAACCAGCAGUGUUCAACAGUAUGCCUGGAAAUCUGAAGACUCUUGUUUCAAGUUUGUUGAUCCAGCCAAACUAUAUCACUAGCAAGUGCCUAAAUAUACUAAACCCCUUAUUUACAGGCUUACUCUGCAGUAAAGCUGGGCUUAGUGUUUUUUCCAUAGAAUCUCACCUCAUCUGUGUUCAAAGCAAAUAAAUUUCAUGUUAUUUGAAGGUUUCAAUUUGACAUUUUGUCAGAGAAUGACAGUUUUAUGAUACACCAUCCAUCAGUAUAACACUGCACUUAAUCUAAGACCAGACAUUCAAUGUCAGUUUCCUGCACGUCUACUAAAAAAUUGUCACAUGAAAAUAAAUUUACCUGUUACAAACA